AUGGGUUCCAACCAGGAUAUCUAUGCCCACGCGGCGGCCUGUGGACGACUGGAACUUCAGUUGCUGGAGUUUGAGGCGGAUUCCCACUAUCCUUUUCAUCCGCGCGAUAUUAGGAGUCCACAGAAUGCGCGGCCCGCAUUUGCGUCAAACGUUGGUGAUGAACUGGGUCGCGUAAACAAAGACUACGCAGCCCAGCUGGUCGAUCUUCAGACACUGGACGCUCUCCUGCAGGGCGUCAAACUGGAACGGGGACUUCAAACGAAUCCACCAUUAGUGCGUGAGGACCGUCUAUUCUACCUGUCCGAUCGUCUUGGCCAGUUUAAAAUGCUGGCGAUGUUGCGGCCAGGUCGUCUCCCCAAAAUAGAGGUUAUCCCACCGCCUUCUCAGAAGGCCCAUCUUCAUCCCCGGCACGUACUUUGUUACCGGAAGCAGUGCAAUGAACCACUUACCACCUCCACGACGAAACCGGAGGUGCUGAAACAAAGUGCGAAUUCCACCUCCGAGUGCAUAAUCCACCUGGCACAGUCAAAGCAGGAUAACCGACGUCUGUACACACAGGUGGUCAUAUUUCGCGCUGUUUUUGCCUUGGCAGCUUUCCUCUGCUUGUUAUUUGCCAUUGCGGCCUUGAUACUCUGCUUUCGAUUACGUGCAGUGACCCGACACUCUAGGAAGAUCUCUCGUAUUGAUCCAAGCCGUGCUUACCCACCGACGCAACCUUCUCCAGCCUUUUAUAACAUGAACGGAAAAAUGGCCCUUCAACCACAUUCGCCUCUCGUUUUCGCUGAACCGGGCGGCGGCUCGAUCAACGUUGCUCAUAUGCCCAGUGACACUGCGAGCUUGCAUAACACUGCGCAGUCCAGCAAUAUCAGCGGCUGUGAGCUACUCAGUCCAAGUAGUCACAAUGGCAGUGCUUUUACUGCCUACGCUUACGCGCAGGACGGGUCAGGAGUGGUAAGGCUGGUACAGGUGGCGGGUCCUCGAACUUCUGCAAACGGCGUUCAGAGUAUGUACCUAAACAGGGCAGUCAGUCCGGCCUCCUCUAGUCAACUUGAGAUGCGCCCUGCCGAUGGAUACAGGACGGGUUCUCUGGACAGGCGCAGUGAUGCUAACUCAGACACGAUGCAACGCCGUCGAACCCCGAUGCAGACAAUACCCUACACAUCUGGGGUAGAGAGUAAUUUUGGCAAUCUUCAACCUCUCGCCUACAUCCCGCAGACCUUUAAGGUGGCCCCCAGUAACGACCAGACAAUGACUUCUCAGGGGAGUAUGAGCACCGUCAUACACCAGUAUCCCGGCGAGGCAAAUUUCCGCUUUGGUCAGACACCACGUGGGUCUGUUAGCGGGGAGGCGGCCAGUGUACCUGCUAACUGA